AUGGAAGCCCCUGAAUACCUGGAUUUGGAUGAAAUUGACUUCAGUGAUGAUAUAUCUUACUCGGUGACGUCGCUCAAGACCAUCCCCGAACUGUGCCGAAGAUGUGAUGCGCAAAGCGAAGACAGAUCAGUUUCUAGUUCGAGCUGGAAUUGCAGUGUGUCGGCUCUCAUCACAAACACACAGAAGCCCACAGGCAUCGCUGACGUGUACAGUAAGUUCCGUCCCGUGAAGCGAGUUUCCCCACUGAAACACCAGCCAGAGACUCUGGACAACAAUGAAAGUGAUGACCAAAAGAACCAGAAGGUGGAGUGCCAGAAAGGGAGUGAUUCAGAGCCAGGCCCCCCACCUGAGGAGCUCAGCCCUGGAGAUGGAGACAGUGGCCCCCAAAGUAAGAGCACCGAGCCCAGCACCUUGCUGGGUGAACUGGAGCAUUAUGACCUUGACAUGGAUGAGAUUCUGGAUGUGCCUUACAUUAAAUCCAGUCAACAGCUUGUCCCUUUUACCAAGGUGACUUCAGAUAAGAGAAUUUUGGGUUUGUGCACAACCAUCAAUGGCCUUUCUGGCAAAGCCUGUUCUCCCGGAAGUGCCGAGAGCUCACCGUCCACCCUGACACCAUUCUGUGUUCUUUCUCCCGUGAAAAGCCCUCACUUGAGAAAAGCGUCAUCCAUCAUCCGCGACCAGCAAAAGCUCUCUGCUGAAGAGUCUGAGAGCUCACCGCCUUUGGUUAAGUGUGGCUCCGCAUACGAGCCUGAAAACCAGAGCAAGGACUUCCUAAACAAGACCUUUAGUGAUCCUCAUAGUCGAAAGCGCGAGAAGGCAAUGCCAGACUGCCAGCUCAGGGACUUCCAUCCACAGUCCUCCGCAACAGAACCCAAAGUGGAAGAGCAGAUCGGGGGUGUGAGCUGGACCAGCUCCCAAGGCCCAGAAGAAAGGAGUGAGUAUCUGAAAAAAGGGAAAAGCAUCUUGAACAUCGUUAAAGAAGGACAGAUAUCUCUCCUGCCCCACCUAGCUGCUGACAACCUAGACAAAAUUCACGACGAGAGUGGCAACAAUCUCUUACACGUGGCCGCAUCGCAGGGACACGCAGAAUGUCUGCAGCACCUCACGUCUCUGAUGGGAGAGGACUGCCUCAGUGAGCGGAAUACGGAGAGAUUGACUCCAGCAGGCUUGGCCAUCAAGAACGGUCAGUUGGAGUGUGUACGUUGGAUGGUGAGUGAAACCGAGGCCAUUGCCGAACUGAGUUGUUCUAAGGAUUUUCCAAGCCUCAUUCAUUACGCAGGUUGCUUUGGUCAGGAAAAAAUUCUUCUUUGGCUUCUUCAGUUUAUGCAAGAACAGGGCAUCUCGCUGGAUGAAGUGGACCAAGAUGGCAACAGUGCCGUCCACGUAGCCUCACAGCAUGGCUACCUCGGGUGCAUACAGACAUUGGUUGAAUACGGAGCAAAUGUCACCAUGCACAACCACGCCGGGGAGAAGCCCUCCCAGAGUGCCGAGCGCCACGGGCACACCCUGUGCUCCCGGUACCUGGUGGUGGUGGAGACCUGCAUGUCGCUGGCCUCUCAGGUGGUGAAGCUGACCAAGCAGCUGAAGGAACAGACAAUGGAACGUGUCACACUGCAGAACCAGCUCCAACAACUUCUAGAAGCCCAGAAAUCAGAGGGCAAGUCCCUCCUUUCCUUGCCCAGUUCGCCAUCCUCCCCCGCUUCCAGAAGGUCCCAGUGGAAAUCUCCAGAUGCGGAUGAUGAGUCUGUAGCCAAGAGCAAACCCGGGGUCCAAGAGGGGAUUCAGGUGCUCGGAAGCCUGUCGGCAUCCAGCCGGGCCAGGGCCAAAGCAAAAGAUGAAGAUUCUGACAAAAUCCUCCGCCAGUUACUGGGGAAGGAUAUCUCAGAGAGUGUCUGCACCCAGGAAAAGCUGUCCUUGGAAUUCCAGGAUGCUCAGGCUUCUUCUAGAAACUCAAAGAAGAUCCCUGCAGACAAGAGGGAGCUGAAGUUGGCUCGGCUGAGGCAGCUGAUGCAGCGGUCCCUGAGUGAGUCCGACACCGAUUCCAACACCUCUGAGGACCCCAAGAGCACACCCGUGAGGAAGGCCGACAGGCCCAGACCGCAGCCCAUCGUGGGAAGUGUGGAGAGUGUGGACAGCGCAGAAAGCCUGCACCUGAUGAUCAAGAAACACACGUUGGCAUCAGGACGCAGGUUUCCUUUUGGUAUCAAAGCCUCCAAAUCGCUAGACGGCCAUAGCCCAUCUCCCACCUCCGAGAGCAGCGAACCCGACUUGGAAUCCCAGUGUGCCACCUCAGGGACCACUCCCCCAAGCCAGCCCUCCGGAGACCCUACUCAGCCCAGCCCUGACAGCACCGCCACCCAGAAAGUGGCCAUGAGCCCCAAGAGUGCCCUCAAGUCUCCGUCUUCCAAGCGCCGGACAUCUCAGAACUUAAAACUCCGAGUUACCUUUGAGGAGCCCGUGGUCCAGAUGGAGCAAGCUAGCCUCGAGCCCACUGGGGAGAAGGACAGAGAUAAGGGCAGGACCCCCCAGAGGACCUCUACGGGUAGCGAAUCGGGGGAUCAACUGAAAAGGCCUUUUGGAACCUUCCGGUCUAUCAUGGAGACGCUCAGUGGCAACCAGAACAAUAAUAACAAUUACCAGGCAGCCAACCAGCUGAAGACCUCCACACUGCCGUUAACCUCGCUUGGAAGGAAGACAACAGAUGCCAAGAGAAGUCCCGUGAGCUCUGCUAGCAAAGGAAAGAAUAAGGCGGAGAUGUACGGCAGCUGCGUCACCCUUUCCUCUAACACGCUGACCGAAGAGCCUCUGCGUAACCGUGCACGGCAUAAUGACAUCAACAGAAAAAUGAAGAAAUCCUACAGCAUAAAGCACAUUGCUGAGCCAGAGUCAAAUGAACUCUUCUUGUAA